GCUGUGAUCGCGGGGGACGGAGAACGGCCGGGCUCCAGGGACUGCCGACCGAGCGCCACCGCAACGCCCGCCGCCUGGGCUCCCAUUCGCCCAGCGGGGCCAGCAGUCGCCGCCGCCGCCGCCGCCGCCGCCGAGCUCUAGUCUAGACCCGCGGAAGCUCGCCGACGUCGUGCUGACGUCACGCGCGUGCUGACGUCGCCGGCGGCCGCGGCCUCUGAAGCGGGCUGGGUGUCGGGGGGCGCCGAGUUUGACUAGUUUGGGGGCCGCUGGGCGCCUGGCGCCGCUCCCGCCGCCCGCCGCGCCCCGCGAGCCGCCCCUCGGCGCGUCCCGCCCGUUCCCGCGGGGACCCGCACUGGCGGCUGGGCGGCCCCCGGCGAAAGUCGGCCCCUGGCGGGCAGGCGGGCGGGCGGGCGGGCGGCCGCGGCCAUGGAGCCCCGCAGCAUGGAGUACUUCAGCGCCCAGGUGCAGCAGAAGGACGUCGGCGGCCGCCAGCAGGUCGGCCAGGAGCUGCUGCUGUACCUCGGCGUCCCCGGCGCCAUCCCGGACCUGGAGGAGGACGUGGGGAGCCUGGGCAAGACGAUCGACGCCCUCACCGGCUGGGUGGGCUCGAGCAACUACCGGAUAUCAUUAAUGGGAUUGGAAAUUUUAAGUGCCUUUGUGGACAGAUUAUCAACACGAUUUAAGUCCUACGUAGCAAUGGUUAUUGUAGCUUUAAUAGACAGACUGGGAGAUGCCAAAGACAAAAUUCGUGAUGAAGCUCAGAUUCUGCUCUUGAAGUUAAUGGACCAAGUAGCACCACCGAUGCACAUUUGGGAACAGUUGGCUUCUGGUUUUAAGCACAAGAAUUUUCGAUCUCGAGAAGGCGUGUGUCUGUGUCUUAUUGAAACCUUAAACAUUUUUGGAGCUCAACCACUAGUCCUCAGCAAGUUGGUACCACAUUUGUGUAUCCUAUUUGGAGAUUCCAACAGUCAGGUGAGAGAUGCUGCAAUAUUGGCUAUAGUGGAGAUUUAUAGACAUGUGGGAGAGAAAGUAAGAGUGGAUCUUUCUAAGAGAGGAAUUCCCCCUGCUAGAUUAGAAAUGAUAUUUGCCAAAUUUGAUGAAGUGCAAAAUUCAGGCGGUAUGAUUUUGAGUGUCUGCAAAGUUGCCUUGUCAGGGCCAGACCAAAUGAUUUUGCAGGCCUUAUAUGGCCUGCGGGCUGGACCUUCCCCACCUGAACUAGAAGAUAAAAGCUUUGAUGAUGAAGAAUCAGUGGAUGGAAAUAGGCCAUCAUCAGCUGCUUCAGCCUUCAAGGUUCCUGCACCUAAAACAUCCGGAAAUCCUGUCAACAGUGCAAGGAAGCCUGGUUCAGCAGGUGGCCCUAAAGUUGGAGCAGGUGCUUCUAAGGAAGGAGGUGCUGGAGCAGUUGAUGAAGAAGAUUUUAUAAAAGCCUUUACAGAUGUCCCUUCUAUUCAGAUCUAUUCUGGUCGAGAACUUGAAGAAACAUUAAAUAAAAUCAGGGAAAUUUUGUCAGAUGACAAGCAUGACUGGGAUCAGCGUGCCAAUGCACUUAAGAAAAUUCGAUCAUUGCUUGUUGCUGGAGCUGCACAAUAUGAUAGCUUUUUUCAACAUUUACGCUUGUUGGAUGGAGCACUUAAACUUUCCGCUAAGGAUCUUAGAUCCCAGGUGGUUAGAGAAGCUUGUAUUACUGUAGCCCAUCUAUCAACAGUUUUGGGAAACAAAUUUGAUCAUGGCGCUGAGGCCAUAGUACCUACACUUUUUAAUCUCGUCCCCAAUAGUGCAAAAGUCAUGGCAACUUCUGGAUGUGCAGCAAUCAGGUUCAUCAUUCGGCAUACUCAUGUACCCAGACUUAUACCUUUAAUAACAAGCAAUUGCACAUCAAAAUCAGUUCCUGUGAGAAGGCGUUCAUUUGAAUUUUUAGAUUUAUUGUUACAAGAGUGGCAGACUCAUUCAUUGGAAAGACAUGCAGCCGUCUUGGUUGAAACUAUUAAAAAGGGAAUUCAUGAUGCUGAUGCUGAGGCCAGAGUGGAAGCAAGAAAGACAUAUAUGGGUCUUAGAAACCACUUUCCUGGUGAAGCUGAAACAUUGUAUAAUUCCCUUGAACCAUCUUAUCAGAAGAGUCUUCAAACGUACUUAAAGAGUUCUGGCAGUGUAGCAUCUCUUCCACAGUCUGACAGGUCUUCAUCUAGCUCACAAGAAAGUCUCAAUCGCCCCUUUUCUUCCAAAUGGUCUACAGCAAAUCCAUCAACUGUGGCUGGAAGAGUAGCAGCAGGCAGCAGCAAAGCCGGUUCCCUUCCAGGAAGCCUGCAGCGUUCAAGAAGUGACAUCGAUGUGAAUGCUGCUGCUGGUGCCAAGGCACAUCAUGCUGCUGGGCAGGCUAUGCGGAGUGGGCGCUUGGGUGCAGGUGCCCUGAAUCCAGGUUCCUAUGCAUCACUAGAGGAUACUUCUGACAAGAUGGAUGGAACAGCAUCCGAAGAUGGUCGGGUGAGAGCGAAGCUUUCAGCACCACUUGCUGGCAUAGGAAAUGCCAAGACAGAUUCUAGAGGAAGAAGUCGAACAAAAAUGGUGUCUCAGUCACAGCGUUCAUCAUCACCUGACAAAAAUGAAGCUGGCAGCCGGUCUGGAUCUCCAGGAAGAGUUCUGACCACAACAGCCCUCUCCACUGUGAGCUCUGGUGUUCAGAGAGUCCUGGUCAAUUCAGCCUCCGCACAGAAGAGAAGCAAGAUACCACGGAGCCAGGGCUGUAGCAGGGAGGCUAGUCCAUCUAGGCUCUCAGUGGCCCGAAGCAGUCGUAUCCCUCGGCCAAGUGUGAGCCAAGGCUGCAGCCGAGAGGCCAGUCGGGAGAGCAGCCGGGACACAAGUCCUGUCCGCUCUUUCCAGCCCCUCGCCUCCAGACACCAUUCCAGAUCUACUGGUGCCCUCUACGCCCCCGAUGUGUAUGGGGCCUCAGGUCCAGGAUAUGGGAUCAGCCAAUCAAGUCGACUGUCAGCUUCUGUCAGUGCCAUGCGAGUCCUGAACACAGGUUCUGAUGUGGAGGAGGCAGUAGCAGAUGCCUUGCUCUUAGGAGACAUGCGGACUAAGAAAAAACCUGCUCGAAGAAGAUAUGAGUCAUAUGGAAUGCAUUCAGAUGAUGAUGCCAACAGCGAUGCGUCUAGUGCUUGUUCAGAGCGCUCCUACAGUUCUCGAAAUGGUAGUAUUCCUACGUAUAUGAGGCAGACUGAAGAUGUGGCAGAAGUCCUCAAUAGGUGUGCUAGUUCCAACUGGUCAGAAAGGAAAGAAGGCCUUCUGGGUCUGCAAAACUUACUAAAAAAUCAGAGAACACUGAGUCGAGUUGAACUGAAAAGACUAUGUGAAAUUUUCACAAGAAUGUUUGCUGAUCCUCAUGGCAAGAGAGUAUUCAGCAUGUUUUUGGAGACUCUAGUGGACUUCAUACAAGUCCACAAAGAUGAUCUUCAAGAUUGGUUAUUUGUAUUGCUGACGCAACUACUAAAAAAAAUGGGUGCUGAUUUGCUUGGGUCUGUUCAGGCAAAAGUUCAGAAAGCCCUUGAUAUUACAAGAGAAUCUUUUCCAAAUGAUCUUCAGUUUAAUAUUCUAAUGAGAUUUACAGUUGAUCAGACUCAAACACCAAGCUUGAAGACAGUCAAGCCAGCGCUUCGGGACCAGCUUCACUCUUUUUGGAGCUCUAAGGUGAAGGUUGCUAUCCUUAAAUAUAUAGAAACUCUAGCCAAACAGAUGGAUCCAGGGGAUUUUGUAAAUUCCAGUGAAACUCGCUUGGCAGUCUCUCGGUUUAUCACUUGGACAACAGAACCCAAAAGUUCUGAAGUUCGGAAGGCAGCGCACUCAGUGCUGAUUUCCCUCUUUGAACUCAAUACCCCAGAGUUUACAAUGUUAUUAGGAGCUUUACCAAAAACUUUUCAGGAUGGUGCUACCAAGCUUCUUCAUAAUCACCUUCGAAACACUGGCAAUGGAACCCAGAGUUCCAUGGGGAGUCCUUUGACAAGACCAACACCACGUUCACCAGCCAACUGGUCCAGUCCUCUUACUUCUCCUACCAAUACAUCACAGAAUACUUUAUCUCCAAGUGCGUUUGAUUAUGACACAGAAAAUAUGAACUCUGAAGACAUUUAUAGCUCUCUUAGAGGUGUCACUGAAGCAAUUCAGAAUUUCAGCUUCCGUAGUCAAGAAGAUAUGAAUGAGCCAUUGAAAAGGGAUUCUAAAAAAGAUGACGGAGAUUCAAUGUGUGGUGGUCCUGGGAUGCCCGACACAAGAGCAGGAGGUGAUGCUACUGACUCGAGCCAAACAGCCCUUGACAAUAAAGCCUCAUUACUCCAUUCCAUUCCUGCUCACUCCUCUCCGCGCUCUCGAGAUUAUAAUCCGUACAACUAUUCAGACAGCAUCAGUCCCUUUAACAAGUCUGCUCUCAAGGAAGCUAUGUUUGAUGAUGAUGCCGACCAGUUUCCUGAUGAUCUUUCCCUAGACCAUUCUGACCUGGUUGCGGAGCUGUUGAAGGAGCUGUCGAACCAUAAUGAACGUGUAGAAGAGAGAAAAAUUGCCCUCUAUGAACUUAUGAAACUAACCCAGGAAGAAUCUUUUAGUGUUUGGGAUGAACACUUCAAAACAAUAUUACUUUUACUACUUGAAACCCUUGGGGAUAAAGAGCCUACAAUCAGGGCUUUGGCAUUAAAGGUUUUAAAAGAAAUCCUAAGGCAUCAACCAGCAAGAUUUAAAAACUAUGCAGAACUGACUGUCAUGAAAACAUUAGAAGCACAUAAAGAUCCUCAUAAGGAGGUGGUGAGAUCAGCGGAGGAAGCUGCGUCCGUGUUGGCCACUUCAAUCAGCCCAGAGCAGUGCAUCAAAGUGCUUUGUCCUAUCAUCCAAACUGCAGAUUACCCCAUUAAUCUUGCUGCAAUCAAAAUGCAAACAAAAGUGAUAGAGAGAGUAUCCAAGGAAACUCUUAAUCUGCUUUUACCAGAAAUUAUGCCAGGCCUAAUACAGGGUUAUGACAAUUCAGAGAGCAGUGUUCGGAAAGCUUGUGUCUUCUGCCUGGUGGCUGUUCAUGCGGUAAUUGGGGAUGAACUAAAACCCCAUCUCAGUCAGCUUACUGGCAGUAAAAUGAAGCUACUGAAUCUUUACAUCAAACGUGCACAAACAGGCUCUGGAGGAGCUGAUCCCACUACUGAUGUCCCUGGGCAAAGUUAGUGAAGCCAGUGGAAGUGAACCAGGUCUCUCCAGGGAAGGACACAGGCCACCCUCAUCAAUGAAAGGAAAUUUUCAAAUGCAUCUUUUGGAGCUUACCAUUGUUUCCUAGUUUUAGUUUUCUGUUUUGUUUUGUAUUUUCUGUAACAGAGGACUAUCCUCAGUCUGCAUGUAACUUUUAUGAUAGUUAUCCCAAAUCCAAGAAGAAGCAGUAUUAACAACAGUUGAUCAAUAUAAAGUAAUUUUAAAUCUAACUCAUCAUUUCACUGUUUGUACUUCUUUGUCUUCCCCAUUAACCUUUGCCAGUGUUAUGGUUGUAUAAAUUUUUUUUAAUGCUGGUUAAACAGGAAUGCUUAAAGCUUUAAAAGUUGGACAGUCUAAAACAUUUUUUGCCUUUAUUCAAAUGCAGGAUAAUAUUUUUUAAUUGCUACCUUGAGUUUUGUUUCCUAUCAUGUCCUAUGCUAGUAAUAUUGAAAUGACGUGAAACACAGCAGGACUAAUUUGAGCUACAGCUGGACUCUGUUGGUGUGAUUGUGAUACAUGUCAUUAGCUAUAACUUCUUUGGGGUGGUCUGUAGUUUAAAACUAAGACCUCAAAGAGAAAUGUUACAGAAUCAGCCAGUUUUGUAAAACUGAUAUUGUUUGUUGGUUACUGAUCUUGCCAUCUUUAUUUAAAACCAUGUCCCCUCUAUGAUCCCUUAAGAAAGCUGCACCAAAUCAUCUGCCUGGUUUUUUUUUCUUAAUACUUAUUAAAAUGGAAGGUUUCAUUGCAGGGUUUUUGGUUUGUUUAUCUUUAUUGUGAAUGAUGCUUUUUUAUAUUUAUUAAUAUCAAAUUCACUUACGAAUAAACUUGAUAAUGGAAACAGACAAAAAUAAUCAAGUGCAUGUGUGUCCUUGACAGUCUUCUGUUUCUCAUUUAAUAAACAAACUAAUUAUUGAGACAUGGGAGUCGACCAGCACCUUUUGUUUAAAUGGUGGAACCUGGUUUCCUUUUACCAUGAAAUUGUCUUACUUGAAAACGUUGAUCCUGAUGAGAGAGAAGAUGGUGCCAAGGCUAUUACCUUGUAUAAUGGGCUCAAAUUCUCUACCUCUUCAGGGCUAAUACUUUUAAUUGAGCUGCUGCCUAUAGUGUCUUUUGGAAAACUAAAGGGUGAUUUUUCUGUUACGUUUUUAAGUCACCUUUGGCUACAUCUAUUCUUUUCAUGUGCAGCCAAUUUGCAAAAAUGACCAGUGUUGGCGAAAGGCAAAGUAGAUCAUUUGGAACCAGAAUACUAAUGAUUGCUCAUCUUGACUUUUUUUUUAAUCCUAACAAAGUGAAUUUGACUGGAAAGGCAAAUAGCUAUUAGGGAAGCAAUUUGCUGUUGUUACAGAGUUAUCUGAACUUUCUUUGUUUAAUUGAACAAAAUGUAGAAAUGUAUGUAAAGAAUUUAAGAGUACUGAAUGGAUGAUUUGUCAUCGGCUUUUACCUUUGUUUCUGUUCUCGCAGCAGGAAGUCUCUCUAUAUCUCCUCCCCUUUCCCUGUAACAAUUUUGUUUUCUACUGUUAAUUACAUUGUGUAUUUAUAGUUCUAUGCUUACUGUUGUGCAUAUACUGGCAAUAAAACUGUACAUAACAUUACUUGAAAAAAUUAACAAUAUA